AUGGCGGUGCCUAGAGUCCCUCUGUGGGCUAUCUGCUUGCUGAGGGUGGUGCUCGCCACCAUCUACUUCCAGGAAGAAUUUCUGGACGGAGAGCGCUGGAGGAACCGAUGGGUACAGUCGACCAAUAACUCCCAAUUCGGGCACUUUAGACUCUCAUCGGGAAAGUUUUAUGGUCAUAAGGAGAAAGACAAAGGUCUGCAGACCACACAGAACGGCCGCUUCUAUGCCAUCUCUGCGCGCUUCAAACCAUUUAGCAAUAAAGGGAAGACCCUAGUCAUUCAGUACACCGUGAAGCACGAGCAGAAGAUGGACUGUGGAGGGGGUUACCUCAAGAUUUUCCCUGCCGAUGUGGAUCAGAAGAACCUGAAUGGCAAAUCGCAGUACUACAUUAUGUUUGGACCUGAUAUUUGUGGAUUUGACAUAAAGAAAAUUCAUGUCAUUUUACAUUUCAAGAAUCAGUAUCAUUCAAACAAGAAAUCAAUCAGGUGUAAGGUUGAUGCCUUUACCCACCUCUACACUCUGGUUUUAAGACCAGAUCUGACUUACGAAGUGAAAGUUGAUGGUCAGUCAAUCGAAUCAGGCAGCAUCGAGUAUGACUGGAAUCUAACAUCCCUGAGGAAAAUGGAAAAAUCUUCAGCUGAGUCCAAGGACUGGGAUCAGGCUACAGACAGAAAAAGUCAGGACUGGGAGAAGCACUUCCUGGAUGCAAGCGCCAGCAAGCCGAGUGACUGGAACAGUGAGCUAGAUGGGCCGAUGCUCCAGAAGCCUCCUUACCAGGAUGGCCUGAAAGCAGAGGGGAUCGAGAAGGACGUGUGGCUCCAUCAGAAGAUGAAAAGCGCCAACUACCUGACUGAAUACGACCUCUCGGAAUUUGAGAACAUUGGUGCUGUGGGACUGGAGCUUUGGCAGGUACGAUCUGGAACCAUCUUCGACAACUUCCUGAUCACAGACGAUGAAGAGUAUGCUGACAACUUUGGGAAGGCCACCUGGGGUGAAACCAAGGGCCCAGAGCGUGAGAUGGAUGCCAUCCAGGCCAAGGAGGAGAUCAGAAAGGCCCGGGAGGAGGACGAGCAGGAGCUGCUGGCUGGGAAAUUUGGCUCAAGGCAAAAUUUCUUCAAUCGAUUCUACAGGCGAGAUGAAUUGUAG